UCCACGAUCUGUUAUCGCAAUGUGAUCUCCAACCGAGCCGCCUGCUGAGCUGGUGCUCCAACACAAUCUCCUCCCCCUAACUCUCCUGCAGUACACGGUAUGGCUAGAAGAUGCCUGGGAAGUGAUUCUAAAGGUCCCGACAAUUUCCCCCUGCGUGCUGGUGUUCUUCUUAUCUCUGCAAUUGGCCUACUGGCCUUUGUUCUUGCGUCCUCACUUCUCCUGUACUCCAUGAUACAAGUGUGGAAGAAGUGUCGUAGAAAGGAUACUAUGGCCUCCAGCAUCAAGCCUGGAUUUCAGCCGAUAUCUGUGCUGUUUCUGUGCGCUAUUUUCACCGACGUAAUUCAUGGGACUUCGAAUAUCUUGUCCAUCAGAUGGGCCUUUGCAGGCGAGGUCACCGAGGGGCCAUAUUGCACAGCGCAAGGGGUGUUGAGACAGAUUGGGUCUAUGGGUGUGGCGUUGUACAGCACUGCAAUUGCGGUGUUGACUUACCUUCAAGUUCUCCAUUCAGAACGACUGGGGGCCAGAGGUGCAAAGGUUUUCGUAGCGGCAUCUAUUUGCUUCAUUACCGGAUUCAUUACUUUGAUCAUCGCGAUCCCUGUCGCUGUCAUUCACCCAUAUUUUGGCGAUGUUGGAAUGUGGUGCGGGAUCAUGACGAAUCACCGGAGGUUGCGGAUUGUAAGCGGGUCCGUCCCGCCGUCGCUUGCCGUUCCAGUAACCGUUCUCGUGUACGGGAUGGUAGCGUACAAAUGGGCAUGUCAAGCGUCUUUUGACACUAACCGUACGAUGAAACGGGAUGCUAUUGCCAUGGGAUGGUAUCCUAUCGCGUAUCUCAUUGUAGCUGGGCCUCAAGGUGUGGCUUCCUUCAUCCAGCGCCCUGGUAUUCAAUCACCCGUUGCUCUGUUAAUUUUUCCUCAAGCCCUUUAUGCGUCAUGGGGAGCCCUUAACGUGAUCCUGUGGUUUUGCACAGGUAGACAUUUUGGGUUCUCUCCUGUUUCCUCAGGCUCAGAUCUCUACACCCCCGGGAUGUUGAGAUGACCGCAUGAUCUUAACCCGCUUGCUUUUAAGCUGACGCACGUUAAAUUCGGACCGGGUGGAUUCACCUUUCUGGAUUUUUUCACUUCACCGCGAUACUUGGCUAUAUCAUUGAUUCACUGAAUCGGUGCCGCCUGCACGCAUGAAUUCCCGGCUGUGACGGGUUAAGAGCCUGCUGCAUGUUACUGGUGCACAU